AUGCUAAGUCAUUUACUUGCUCUAUUAGUUAAAAACUUUUAUCUUUGGAAAAGAGAUAUAAAAGGUACAUUAUGCGAAAUCUUUGUUCCUUUGAUAUUUGCUUUAUUCUUAUACAUCUUUAUGGCUUAAUCAGAUACUUAUGAAGUAAAAUAAACAAGCUAUCUAAAUUAAGCAGUAACUCUCACUCCUGCAUGGGAUCCUUCUCUAAUAAGCAACGGUAUCUAUAGCACAAUCAAAAAUUGCUCAGACCCUUAUAGAGGAGGCAAAAUAGGUAUUGCUCCUAAUAUUCUCAUUACCUAGAGAAUCUCUUCAAUCUUGUUAAAUUAUCCUGGAAUACAGGUGCAAUUUUUUGAUAGUACUUAAGAGUUUGAUGAUCACAUAACAUCUUAAGGCUAUCCUGUACCUAAUUCUCCUUAAAUUUGCUUUGGUAUACUCUUUGACAGUUGGUAAAAUGGAAUAUAUAAGUAUACUUUAGCUUUUAACUAAACAGAUACUCAAGAUAUUCCAGAAAAAUACAGAACCGAUUAUGUUGAUUUUGAAUAGAAUGAUAAAUUUCUGCAAUAUAUUAAUUCUGGAUUUACGAGAAUCGUAAAUUGGAUAGAUAAUAUCAUUUUACAAUUAGAGAGUGGGAAUCCUAGUUUACAAAUAGUACCUAAUGUUGCUAUAAUGUAGACAGAAACAUUUUAAAAGUCAAAUUUAUACUCUAUUGCAGGAAAUUUUAUGAAUGUCUUUAUAGUGAUUCCUAUGAUUGUCCCUUUCUUGAGAUUGUCUUCUCGUAUCUUAAAUGAAAAGGAAAAGAGAAUCAGAGAGGGUAUGAUGAUGGUUGGUCUUGGAAAGACUGCUUUCUAUUCAAGCUGGAUAUUAACAUAUCUUUUACUAUAUAUAAUAAUUUCUAUAUUGGUAAGCAUUAUACUAAAAGCUUAUUUUUUGACUGUCGUCGACUAUGGUGUAAUUCUCAUCUUACAUUUUUCUUAUGCUGUUUGCAAUAUGGCUUAGAGUUUAUUCAUAACUGUCUUUUUCGAUAAAUAAAGAACUGGCAUUAUUGCAGCUACUUUUCUUUUUCUUAUUUAGUUUUUGCUAUCAUCUAAUCAAGGAGAUGAACUAACCACAAAUAAUGCAAGCUAUUAAGGGUAGGCUGCUAUAGCUGCUAAUGCAAUUAACUAAGCUAUGAGAAUACUAGCUGUUUACCAAUCUAGAGAUGAAAAUGUAUCUAUCGAUAUGAUGCAUUAGCUAUGUAACAGAUCUAAACUAAUUUAUUCAAUUAAUUCAAGUUGGAUUAAUUUUGCCUUGUUCUUUGUUCUUUUCCUCUAUUUUGAUUAAGUUAUUCCUAACGAAUUUGGGUAAAGAAAGCAUUUAUUUUUCUUUAUUGGAUGCCAUUUAGAAAAAAAAUCAUAAAAAACCUAAUAAAAAUUAUUGGAAGAAGAAUAGUUCAUAGAAAACAUAGAUAUAUCUUUGAAAUAAUAGGAAGUUUAAAAUAAGACUAUCAGAAUAGAAGGUCUCUCAAAGCAAUUUAAAACUGAUGGAGUUAUAAAAAAAGCCGUUAACUAGAUAAACCUAUAAAUGUACUCUGGACAAGUGUUCUCUUUUCUUGGACACAAUGGUGCUGGUAAAUCAACAACGAUCUCUAUGUUAACAGGUAUGAUACCUCCUACAUCUGGCACAGCAUAUAUUAAAGGUUUUGAUGUUACAAAAGAUUUAGAAAAAAUUAGAACUAUUUUAGGUGUUUGUCCAUAACAUGAUAUUUUAUUCGAUUAAUUAACUGUAAAAGAGCAUCUUUACUUCUUUGCCACAUUAAAAGGAAUGCCUUUUAGAGAAAUUGCAUAAGCUGUUGAUAAAAUCAUUAAAGAUGUAGACUUAGUAGAAAAAACUAACUCUUUAAGUUGCAGCCUCUCAGGAGGAUAAAAAAGAAAACUCUCUGUAGCUAUUGCUUUUAUAGGUGAUAGCGAAGUAGUUUUACUUGAUGAACCUACCAGUGGCAUGGAUGUAUAAGCUAGAAGACAUAUUUGGGAGAUGGUCAAGAAUUAUAAGUAACAAAAAAUUAUCAUAUUAACUACUCAUUUCAUGGAUGAGGCUGAUUAUCUUGGAGACAGAAUAGGAAUUAUUUCUGAUGGUUAAAUUAAAUGUGUUGGAUCAAGUGUUUUCUUAAAGGAGAAAUUUGGAAAUGGAUACAACUUAACAUUUGUCAAAGAAUAAAAUACAACACCUUCUGAGCCUAUAAUUUAAUUCGUAUAAAAACAUUUUCCAGACAGCAGUUUAAUCAGUGAUUAUUCUGCAGAAAUAGCUUUUUAAGUUCCCUAUAAAUAUAUUCCACAAUUUGAAUAGAUGUUUAAUAACCUAGAAUUGUAAAAAGAAUAGUUAAAAAUAAGAUCUUAUGGAGUUUCUAUAACUACACUAGAAGAAGUGUUUCUAAAAGUUGCAAGUAUGAAUGAAAAUCAUGUAGUACAAGCUAAAAAAGUCGCUAUCAACUAAUAUAUUGAUAUAGAAAACUAAUCAUUAAACAAUUAGGAUGAAAGAAUUACAGAUCCAGCUAAACUUUUUUUUAUUCAUUUUAAGGCACUUAUAAUAAAAAGAUUAAACUACUUUAAAAGAGAUAAGAAGGGACUAUGCUGUGAAAUGAUUCUUCCAAUUAUUCUUAUUGCAUUUGGUCUCUUAAUUCAAAAGGUAUUAAACUUUUAUGAUUCUUCUGGGUAUGACUUAACUCCCACAAUAUUUUUUGAUGAAAACCCAAAGAUUUAUUAUGGAGGUUCUUCGUCAUACAAUGCUAUUGUUAACAACUUGUAAUAAUUUUCAGAUACUACCUAUACAUAAUUUAAUGAUAUUGUGAGUUUAUAAUAAUUUAACGAUGAGUUAUUUUCAGUUAAAUCUACCGAAACUAAGUUUGGCUACUAUUUUGAUAGUAAUUUAGGUGGUAUUUAUACAUACACUGCUUUGAUAAAUACUGUAAGCUUAGAUGGUAUUCCUAUGUCAAUCCAUCUCUUAAAUAAUGCAAUAAUCAAAAGUUUGACAGGAAAAGAAAUUAAGAUAUCUGUAACUAAUAAAGCUCUUCCAAAGACUUAUAACACACAACAGUAACAAGGGUUGAUAUAAGGAAUUAGUUCUGUUGUGUUUUUCUCAAUGGGUAUAUCAUUUAUACCAGCUAGUAUAAUUUCUUUUAUUGUUAAAGAAAGGGCUGAACAUAUAAAACAUUAACAGAUAGUCAGUGGCGUAUCUCUAAAGUCUUAUUGGAUUUCUAACUUUGUUAUAGAUUAUAUAAAAUUUUUAAUUCCUACUAUUUUGAGCUCUUUACUUGCUUUUGUGUUCCAAGUAGAUACUAUGACAUAAGAUGGAAAUUUUGGAUACUUUAUUUUACUCUUUGUUUUCUAUGGAUUAGCUUUAAUGCCAUUCGUAUAUUUGUUUUCAUUUGUUCACUCAGACUAUGGCAAUGCACAAAUCAUAUAAUUCUUUCUUCAUUUUAUGGUAGGAGGAAUAGGAUCUGUUAUAUUCAUAAUUUUAAGUUUUAGCGACUCAACUCAUGAUAUUGGUGUAAAUUUAGCUUGGGUUUUGAGAAUAUUCCCAAGCUUUGCUAUUUAUGAUGGAUUCAGUAGGUUAUCAAGUAGAAAAAAUAUAUAAAUAUAAGAAAAUCUAAGCUAAUUGCCAUCAUAAAUGAAUUUAAAUGUGAUUGGUGGUAAUUUCAUGUUCCUGAUUAUUUCUCUCUUUUUAUUUACAGCAGGUCUAAUUUAUUUAGAGAGUAUUAGAAAUAAGAAGUCAGUUUUUUCUAAUAAUUUAGAAAGUAAAUAUCCAUAUAAAAAACCUUCUUACAUCGAUUCAGAUGUUGAAGAAGAAAUGAGUUAUGUUCAAAAUAGUAAUCCAAAAGAUUUUACAGUUCUUGUUAGAAAUCUUCGUAAAGUGUUCCCUCCAACUGGCGGUUCUUAAGAGGAAAAACCUAAAAUAGCUGUAGAUAAUUUAAAUUUUGGUGUUUAAACUGGUGAUGUAUUUUGCUUUCUUGGUGUAAACGGUGCUGGAAAAACUACGACUAUGCGUAUGCUUACAGGUGAAGAAACUAUUGGAUCUGGAGAAGCUUACAUUCAAGGGUGUAAAAUUCCAGAGUAAAUUUCAGAAGCUUAGCAGUAUAUUGGGUAUUGCCCUCAGUUUGAUGCAUUGUUGGAUAAUCUAACAGCACGAGAACACUUGGAGCUCUUUGCUGCUAUUAAAGGGAUUCCUGCUAAUUUAAGAGAAUAAGCAGUGAAUGAAAAACUGGAUGAGUUAAAUCUAAGAAAGUUCGAAAAUGUUGUUUCAAGGACUUAUUCUGGAGGUAACAAGAGAAAAUUAAGUGUAGCUAUUGCUAUGCUUGGAAAUCCUCCUAUUGCAUUUUUAGAUGAACCUUCAACAGGUAUGGAUCCUGGAAAUCGUCGUUUUAUGUGGAAUGUCAUCAGCGACAUAGCAACUAAUAAGAAAAAGACCUCAAUAAUUUUGACAACUCACUCCAUGGAAGAAGCUGAGGCAUUAGGAACAAAAGUAGGAAUAGUAGUUGGAGGUAACUUUUAAUGUAUGGGAAGUAUUUAACACCUAAAAAAUAAAUUUGGAAAGGGGUAUGAAGUAUCUAUUAAAACUGUAAUCCCUAAUCAUUAAUAACUUUAAUAAAUUGUUGGAGGUAUGAAUGCUACCACUCUUGUAACUUAAGAAAAUCUGUAAGAAGUACUAAAAUUUAUUGGUUAAAGUUAAUUUAUUGAAUAAAUAAACGAAGAAGGAUUUGCAUCAUCAAUUUACUUCUAGUUAAAGUCGAAAAAGUAAAAUGGGAUAGAGCUUUAGUUGUUGGCUGAAUCAAUUUAUAAUUUCAUGGUAUAGCAAAGAAUAGAAUAAUUUUUUGAAGAAAAUUUUGAUGGGUAUGAGAUUCUUGAGGGUUUAAAUAACUAUCUAAAAGUGAGAGUGCAAUCUAAAUAACAUUUAGGUUAUCUAUUUGGAAUUAUGAAUCGCUUUUAUGUGGGCCUUAAUAUUGCUUCUUAUACUGUCUGCUAAACUUCCCUAGAGCAAGUAUUCUAUGACUUAACAAAAUAAUCAGGACUUCUAAAGAAGUCUAGCAUUUUAUAAGAAAAAAAGUUAAGUUUAAAUGAAAAAUCAGUUGACUAAAACUAAAAUCAAACUGCUAAAAUAAUGAAUUCUCUAACCUAGAAUAUUUAAUAAACAUUGGUAAAUGAGCAAAUAUAACCUAUUUAAUCUAUUGAAUUGAAUUAAAUUAAAAUUAAUCAAUAAAGACUAAAUAAAAAUAUUUGA